AUGUCACGCCAUCGAAAUAUCAGAAAACUCAAUGUUGCAGAAAUUUUUGAGGAAGAGUAUGAAUAUGAAGAAGAAUAUGGAGGCGAAAAUUUUGAAAUGACAUUAAAGCAUAAAAAACAAAUGGAAGAAGGAAAGACAAAAAUUAAAAGCGUAAUAGGACAAGUGGAAGGUAUCACCGAUAAAGAUAUUGAAGAUACAUUAUGGUAUUACUAUUUCGACACUGAAAAAACUAUAAACUGGCUAUUAGAUAAAGCUCAUAAGGCUCAAUCACGAAAACAAAAGCAGGCUCCUUCAAAUAACUCACAAGAAAACAAAGAUCCCAAUAUUUCAAAUUCUGGACCACAAAGUCAGGGAUUAUCUUUGUCAUCAUUGGCACAAGAAUCUUUAUCACGCUCAACCGGUCGAAUUUCAUUGACAAAACUCGUGCCAAGCAAAAGCAAGACAACUGAUUCAUCACAAACGGCAAAUCUAAAUACCAGAAUAUCUCAAAAAUUAAUUUCAUCAAACUUAAAUUCCUCAAAGACGAGAAUGUUAACAACAUCGCCAAACCUCUCUGAUUCCACGCAUCCAUUGGAGCAGUCGUCGUCCAUUUUAGAUUCUAAUGCAUCAAUUUCAUCUAAUUCGAAUCAUACGGAACACAGUUUUUUGAAAUCCAGUUUUGGAUCUCAGCCUUUAAACUUUAAAAAGGACACAAUACCACAUUUUUCGACAACAGAUAGCGUGAAUACUUUGCAGAUACAAGCUCCAUCUAACCCUCUUAUUGCACCUCCAUCCAUAUUCGCUAUUGCAAUAUUUGCAAAGCUACAAGAUGUGCAGUUACCUUCUAAUGACCUUUUUACAUUUGAACUUUACGCAACAGGGUCAAGCAAUCAAGAAGGUUUUGCAUUUGAUAAACCAAGCCCAGAUGAUAUUGUUUUAAAUGCUCAGAGCAAAAAAGCUUCUAGUACUUCAAAAAGUAAACAAAUAGCUACAAAACCAUCACCGUUGUUACCACCAGUGCAUACAAUGAAUAAUGGAACAAAAAAAAGUAUAGAUGCAUCAAUUAAGAAGAGCGAUGAUGAUGAUAUUGAAAUCUUAGAGGAAGAAUAUAAAGAAGAUGAGCAAUUGAAAUUUGAUAUUGGUGCACUUUCUUUGGAUUCUGAAGCAGAGUCAUCAAAAUUUUCAUUUAACAAUAUUGCAACACCUAUUAAAGAAUCUGAAAAUCAAGGAGCAGUAUCUCCCCAGUUAUUACCAAAUGAGCAAAAAACUCAAACAAAGGCAAACAUAAAGUCUUCAAAGCGUAUUAAUGUCAUUGAGGAAUAUAAAAAGCGUAUUGCUGACAAAUUUCCAUUAAAUUUAGUGGUGAUCGGGCAUGUUGAUGCUGGAAAAAGCACACUUAUGGGACACUUGUUGUAUUUACUCGGUGAGGUUAAUGAGAAAGCUAUGAAACAAUAUGAAAGAGAUUCUUCAAAAAUUGGAAAAUCAUCUUUCGCUUAUGCGUGGGUUCUUGAUGAAACUGGCGAAGAACGAAACAGAGGCAUUACAAUGGAUAUUGCUAUUAGAAAGUUCGAAACAGAAAAUCGCCGGUUUACUUUAUUAGACGCUCCUGGCCAUAGGGAUUUUAUUCCUAAUAUGAUUUCAGGAGCUUCACAAGCUGAUGUUGCUAUCCUCGUGGUCGAUGCUACAGUGGGAGAAUUUGAAUCUGGUUUCGAAGCAAAUGGUCAAACUAAAGAGCAUGCAUUAUUAAUUAGAAGUUUAGGUGUCCAGCAACUAGUUGUUGCUGUAAAUAAAUUAGACACUGUAGAAUGGUCAAAGGCUCGAUAUGACGAAAUAGUAGAAAAGUUGGGGGCCUUUUUAAGCCAAGCUGGCUUUAGGAAAGAUAAAAUCGCAUAUAUACCAUGCAGCGGAUUGAUAGGAGAAAACAUUAUUCGCAGAUCACCAGGUAUUUUAAAUUGGUAUGGCGGAGAGACUUUAACUCAGCAAAUAGACAAGUUUGAACCACCUACACGUCUUCUGGAAAAACCAUUUCGUCUUUCCGUGUCUGACUUUUUCAAGGGAGGCAUAGGAAAUAUUGCAGGUGUUACUGUUGCCGGUAGAAUAGAAAGUGGCACAGUACAAGUUGGGGAAGAAAUUAUAGUAAUCCCCGGCGGAGAGAGUGGCGUAGUCAAAUCUCUGAUAGUUAAUGAAGAGUCGUCAAAGUGGGCAGCAGCUGGAGAUUCUGUGAUGUUGACUUUGACAGACCUUGAUAUUCUGCAACUUAAGAUUGGUUCCAUUUUAUGCCCACCAUCACAACCGGUUCCUGUUACAUCACAUUUUCUUGCACGAAUAGUUGUAUUUGAUGUCAAGAUUCCAAUUACACGAGGAUUUCCUGUUAUACUUCAUCGGCAAAGCCUUAAUGAGCCAGCCAAUAUCAUUAAACUGGUGGAUAUAAUAAAUAAAAAUACUGGAGAAGUAAUCAAAAAAAACCCAAGACAUCUUCCUAAAUCUACAACCGCUACUGUGGAAAUCAAACUAUCUAAUCGACCAAUUCCUUUAGAAGCAUUUAAAGAUAACAAAGAACUUGGUAGAAUUAUGUUGAGAAAGGGAGGAGAGACGGUUGCCGCAGGAGUUGUAGUUGAUAUAUUGUCUUACGGUAGUUAA